UUCUGACUGUUGCUGGAAUGAUUUCUACACUCCUGACACAGGCUCUGCUGUGCAGUGUCUGGUGUCCUGUGGCAUCUACAACUAUCUUCAGUCUAGCUCCCAACCAGUUAUUCACAAUGGAUGCCCUCAAUGGUGCUGCUGAAACUGAAGAUCCUAAACAAGCAUCUACUGUUCCCCCUGGUCCAGACCUGGGGAGAAAUGAAACUGAUCCAGUCACAGAUGUUGGAACUCAAGUAAGUUCCCAGCAUGCUGUAACACCCCCAGCAACCUCUCUCUUUAACAAUGAGGCAGGUGGAGUGGAAAAUAACAUUAACCUUCAAGAGCUGAAGCCCACUUCUACUGGCCCUAUACAACCAGUCAUUUCAGAAGUAUUUACCAACACAAAGACUGAGAACACUUUUUCAGUAACAAUUGAUCCUAGAGGAGAGGAGGAAAACGAUACCAUCUUAAUUCCAUUACUUGGUGCUAAUGAAAGCAUUGUAUUUGAUGAUCACUUUGCUUCUUUCUCCAUUAAUACACCAAAGGAAAACAGAAGUGCAACAGAAAAACAGUGCUUCUGUGACAGUCCUGUGCCUGAAGGACAAAAGGGAGAACGGGGUGAAAAAGGGGAUCCAGGUAACCCAGGGAAAAAAGGACUACAAGGGCCCUUGGGAGAAACUGGACAACAAGGACGAAAGGGAGAAAAGGGUAAUCAAGGAUCCAAAGGUGAUCUAGGUAAACCGGGGCCUCCUGGUCAGAAAGGAGAACAAGGUCGGUUUUCUUCCUGUACAAACAGCAAUAAAGGUGAUGCUGGAAGCACUGGUUCUAGAGGUCCUCAAGGACUUAAGGGAGACAAAGGUGAGUGUGGAAAAUCGGGUCCAAAAGGUGAUGUUGGACUGCGUGGGAGUCCUGGAGAAAAGGGACAUGGAGGAGAAAGAGGGCAAACAGGUAUGAGGGGACCAAAGGGAUAUGCAGGGCCACCAGGAGUCCGGGGGACUCCAGGUCUUAAAGGGGAUGCUGGGGUUUAUGGAAAAAUGGGUCAUCCUGGAAAACAUGGACCAUCUGGACUUCCAGGACGGAAAGGAGAAAAAGGACAGAAAGGAGACUGCAAAGAGAGUGACAUCACAGCUUUCUCCGUUGGUCUUCAAAAAAGAAACAGCUUCCCACCACCAGGGUCUCCAGUGAGAUUUGAUAAAAUUUUCCUUAAUGAAAAUGAAGCAUAUAAUGUGGAGUCAGGUGUGUUUGUAGCCAGCACUGGAGGCAUCUACUCUUUCAGUUACCACGUGAGUGUUUCCAGCAAAUCACUGAGGGGUGCACUUUUCCACAAUGGUAAAAGAAUUCUACAAAUGUCCAGUGUAAGACCUGUCAAACAAGCUGCAUAUAAUGUGUGUCAGGUUUCUGGAUCUAUAUUGAUUCAUCUUAAUGAAGAUGAUAAAGUUUGGCUCCAGAUUUUGAACGCAUCUCAAAAUGGCCUGAUAGCUGAUGAAACCACUGAUUCUGUAUUUUCAGGUUUUCUGGUAACAAGUGGAAGUGAAACCACCUCUAGAGGAACUUUCUGUGUCUCCUUUAUUGAACUGGCUGCUGGCAUUACACCAAAUAUAUUCAAACUGUUCAAAUAUGUUUCCAAAAUGCCACCCAUAGGCCUGCUCUUGCAAACAGCUCCUCUUUGGCAUAGUGCAACAAAAAUGUGGCGUUUACCUGGGCACAGUGCCACCUUCAUUAUACUGAUUGCUGCUGCUGUUCGCACAGAGGCGAAAGCUACCCUGGCUGAAAAGUUUACUAAGAUAAAGUCUCCAGAGAUAGAGGUCACUGAUGGCUUUGACACAUCCAUUGUGCCACCCACUGAAGAAAGUCCGUUCACAGAAAUAUCGGAAACAAGUGAAAUGCCGGUGGAGUUAUCCACGCUGAACUCGGCCUUCAGAACGGCCACCACUCUGUUUCCCUUUGAAAACUUUACUCUUGACACAGCCGAUUUCUUUUUUAAUUGCUGUGAUUGCUGUACCCCUGUGUCAGGUGAGAAAGGGGAACCAGGAGAGCAUGGACUGCCAGGUCCUAAAGGAGAGAUGGGAGACACUGGCCCUCAGGGCCUACCAGGAAUUCCUGGACUUCAAGGUCCAAAGGGCUUCAAAGGAGACAAGGGAGAUAAAGGAGAACAUGGUGACCAAGGAACAAAUGGAAUUCCAGGGUAUCCAGGCAAACCUGGAGAACAAGGUGAAGCUGGAGUUAAAGGAGAUAAAGGAAACUCUGGCCUUCCUGGAAUGAAGGGACAGAAGGGAGUGAAGGGGGACACUUGUGAGAAUGGGACCAAAGGAGAGAAGGGAGAAAAGGGAGAGCUGGGCUUACAGGGGCUAGAUGGGGAAAAUGGAGAUAAAGGGGAAAAGGGAGACCUGGGCAAAAAGGGGGAUUGUGGGGAGCCAGGGGAGAGAGGAGAGAGGGGAGGGAAAGGGGAAGCUGGAAUAAAAGGGGAAAAAGGCAGCAAAGGAGACACUGGAGUUGAGGGUAUUCCUGGGAUGAAUGGACAACAGGGAGAAAAGGGUGAGCCAGGUAGUAAGGGUGAAAAAGGGGACUUGGGACCAGCUGGUGUGAUGGGACCUCUUGGACCAAAGGGAAAUCCUGGUAGUAAAGGGGCACGAGGAGCUAGUGGAAAGAAAGGCUCCAGAGGUAUCAAAGGCUCCAAGGGUGAUAACUCAAAAGUCCGAAGAUCAGCUUUCAGUGCUGGCUUGUCAAAGUCUUUCCCUCCACCAAAUGUCCCUAUUAAAUUUGACAAGAUUUUGUACAAUGACCAGGAAGAUUAUAAUCCUUCUACAGGCAAGUUCAAUUGUAGCAUUCCUGGAGCGUAUGUCUUUGCUUAUCACAUGACGAUCAGAGGGCGGCCUGCUCGAAUCAGCAUUGUGGCACAAAACAAGAAGAUAGUCAAAACCCGUGAAACACUUUAUGGUCAAGAGAUAGACCAGGCAUCUUUCCUGAUCAUUUUGAAAUUAAAUGCAGGAGAUCAGGUUUGGUUGGAGGUUGGACGGGAUUGGAAUGGGAUCUAUGUCAGUGCUGAAGAUGACAGCAUAUUUACAGGGUUUCUUUUGUAUCCAGAUGAUAUUUUUGAGACCCUCGCAUAAAUAUAUGAUGAUAAACACAUGACUAAGAAACAUAACAUUUAUUUCACUCUGAUUGUUAGCAGGAGGUGGAGGGAGAAGGGUGAAGGAGAAAGAAAGUGUCACUUUAGUGAAAUAGAUGUCAUAAUCUUUCUAUACAAAUAUCUAUAUUUGUAAUAAACUGAUUAAUUUUAACUAAGGACCCCCAAAAGAUACAGCCACCCUCUAUGGUGAGGCCUAAUUGUCAUGAUCAUAUAAGGAAAUAUUACACAAAUGCAUUCAGGAAGAUACAGAUCCCAAAGAGAUUUUAUUUAUACUUCAGACCCAUGCUAGAUCAUCAAA